AAUAUCAACAAGAACAAACUUGUACUAAUUUACAAAAGUUAAUGUUACUCAAUUAGGUCCUACAUUGCAUUGAAAAUAUUGCUCACACACUAUCUCUCUCUGUUCCAAGAAAGACACAUGCUUCCGACUCCUUAACAACUCACUUUCACCUUUUCUCUUCUGUAUCUGUAUACACCACUUCUUUGGAGCAUUAAAUUUCCUUUUUCCACGUAUAAACUAAGACUUACUAGUUACCCAGUUCACUAUAGCCUCAAAAAAGCAUUUUUUUUUUCUUGAUUAAUUACCGUAUCAGGAUCUGCAAGUAAUCUAGCUGCACCUGAGGAAAUUUAUAUAUUAUAAAGUAUGUCCUUGUUGAAGCAAUCUCCUAGUAAAAACCUGAGGACUAAAGGAUUCAAGGUGAAGAAUGUUGUUCAGAUAUGUUUGUUGCUUGCCAUUUGCAUAUGGUUGCUUCACCAAGUCAAGCACUGCUACGAUGAAAAGAGAGUAUAUAAGAAGGACACUGCAACAGUAUCAGAAGUGCAGAGUGGACAUGAAAGUAUCAAAUUUGGCAGGAAGGAUAUCCGCUCUCAAACACUGCAAACAGCUUUGGACGUAGAUAGGCAAGAAGAUCGGCAAGGAGUAUUUAAUAUGGAGUUUGAAGAGGUGGGGGAGAAUAAAAAUGAAGAAAGCGAGGAAGAAGGAAGAGGAGGUGGAGACGAUGAGAUAGAUGGACAUGAUCAAGAGAAAUUGGAAGAAGAAGAAUCUGAAGAAUUUGAGGAUCCCAUUGAUGAAGAAGAUAGGGUGGAAGAAGAAAGUGAAGAGCAAGAGAAUGAAGGAGCGGGCAGUCACUUUGAGGAUGGAAUUUCAUCAGUAAAUCAAGCCCAACAUGGAGGUGAAAGAAAUUCCCAAACAAAAGAGGAGCAACUAGAAGUAGAGAAGAAGAUCAACCUGGGUUGAAGACUUUGCUUGGAGAACCAAAAUUGUAGCAAAUAAAUGUGAAGAUGCAGCUACUUUCUAAUGAACUUGUAGGAGGAUUUACUCAGAAGUCCUAGCUAUUUUCAGAAGAUACAUAUUUCCAUAGGCAAUUGUACAAAUGUUUUUGCUUAAUGUCCAGCCAUGCCUAGAUGAAAUAAUCAAAUUUGGCAUGUAAAUACUCCCAUCAAAUGUGUAUAACUUUUACCAGGGAGUAUAUUAAGAGUAUGCAGAUGACACUAGGGAUGAAGGAAAAAUUGUAACUUAUGUUCAUCCACCUAUAUGCCAUGCUCUACGCAUACCAGAUUAAUUUUAAGUUUUCUUCGUAU